GGAGCAGCUGGGGGAAAAGAUGAUGUGUUUUUUAAUGCAUAAUAUACUUAUGCAGUGUUCUGCAAUUUAAUAAAAUUUACCUGAAUCGUUACAUAUGUGUAUUUGAAAGCAAUCCAAACAAGGAAGCCACUCACGAAUAUAAGCAUUUAGAUUUCCAAUUUGCAUUAUUUUGGGCAGUGAAAAGUUCAAAAUGUUCCCCUAUUCAGGACGACAGCGGUUACGCACGCCAGCUGCCCUCUUGUCGGGCCCAAAAACCAACCUUUUAAUAACAACCAUUAAAUUUUCAAUAUGUCUGAUAAUGCUGCAAGUGGCAACGGCAUUGACGGAGUAUACACAUUCGCACCAGCACCAUCACCGCCAUCAACAACACGCCAGCUUUAUAACGACUUCCACAGCCGCAGACAUCGCGAAACAUGUCACCAGUAGCAGCAGCACCACCGUUCCGACAGCGGGUAUUCAGCACACCAAUUGGCGCCGCAUAGAAAUGAUGGAUGCCAAUGGCCUAUACUGGCUGGAGUGGUGGCUUAAAGGGUCUACAUCGCAGGAGAUAUUCUUCCGUGUCACCGUCAAUACACGCGGCUUCAUUGGGCUCGGCUUUGCGCGAAAGAGUCCCCGCAUGGCCAAUGCUGAUUUGGUAUUGCUUUGGGUCGAUGAUCGAACCGGCAAAGCGAAUGCGCUG